AUGUCUUCGUCUAUUAGUCCGUCGUCUAGCAACGCCGAGUCCCGGCAGUACCCAAAGUUUUUGGGCAUGAAGGGCAUCACUUUACAAAACAUUGUCAGUUUGCUAGCAUCUGUUGGUUUCUUGCUAUUUGGUUAUGACCAAGGUGUUAUGGGAUCGCUGUUGACAUUGGAUUCUUUCAAAAACACGUUCCCUUCUAUUGACACUCAGAGACAUCCAAAUGCUGACACCAUGCAAGGAUUCACUAUCGCUGUUUACGAAAUUGGUUGUCUUGCUGGUGCGCUCUCUACGAUCUACCUUGGAGACAAGCUUGGAAGACUUAGAUGUAUUUUUAUCGGGUGUAUCAUUAUGAUUGUUGGUGCUAUUCUUCAGUGCUCUGCCUACACUGUUGGUCAUCUUAUUGUCGGCCGUAUUGUGACAGGAAUCGGUAACGGUAUGAAUACCAGUACUAUUCCAAUGUGGCAGGCAGAAUGCUCGAGAGCAGAAAGAAGAGGAAGUCUUGUGAUGAUUUCUGGUGCUUUGAUCACCGGUGGUAUUGCUAUCUCUUACUGGGUUGACUUUGGCUUUUACUUCACUAAAGGUGCCAUUUCUUGGAGAUUCCCCGUUGGCUUCCAAAUGAUCUUCCCAUUGAUUAUUCUUCCUUUCACUUUGAGACUCCCAGAGUCCCCAAGAUGGUUGAUCAAGAAGAACCGUGUUGAAGAAGCUAGAUACGUGUUUGCUGCUUUGGACGGUGCCCACUUGUCUAGUGAGGAAGUCGCAAUGCAGGUCCAUGACGUGAAACAGUCUUUGUCUGAGGAGCACCUGGAAGGUGGUGACAGCUUCAACUACAGAAAGCUUUUCGUGCAAGGUGAACAUAGAAACUUCCACAGACUGAUGUUGGGAUUGUGGGCCCAAAUCUUCCAACAGAUCACCGGUAUCAAUUUGAUCACAUACUAUGCGGGUACUAUUUUUGAGAACUACAUUGGAAUGAACGCCUUCAACUCCCGUGUGCUUGCUGCCUGUAACGGUACCGAAUACUUCAUUGCCUCUUGGAUUCCAUUCUAUGUGAUUGAGAGAUUCGGAAGACGGAAAUUGAUGUUGUUUGGAGCUGCCGGUCAAGCACUUACCAUGGCUAUGCUUACAGUGACGACACACGAGUCACAGUACCGCGAUAACAGUCACGCAGCUAUCGGUGCUGCUGUCUUGUUGUUUAUUUUCAACUCCUUCUUCGCUGUUGGAUGGCUGGGUAUGACCUGGUUGUACCCAGCAGAGAUUACUCCAUUGAGUAUCAGAGCUCCAGCAAACGCUAUCUCCACUGCUGGUAACUGGUCUUUCAACUUCAUGGUGGUCAUGAUCACUCCAGUGGCAUUCAAGAACAUCACUGUUUACACCUACACCAUCUUUGCAGUCAUUAAUGCUCUGAUGGUCCCUGCAGUGUACUUCUUCUUCCCAGAAACUGCUGGCAGAUCUUUAGAAGACAUGGACGCAAUUUUCGCCCAAUCUAAUCCAUGGAGACCUUGGGAAGUCGUGGGCAUUGCCAACAGACAUCCUAGAUCCGACCUGGGAUUCGUUUCUAGCGAAAGCAAGUUGGAACAGGGCAAAGCCGAGUUUGGCACUGUUGAAAACGCUUCCGAGUCGAUUUAA